ACGCUGCACUGUACUGCACUGCAGAUUUUCGUGAUCUUGAUUCCGAUUAAUAACGGGGUGGAAUUCCAAUAGAAUGGAGAGAUGGGUUGGAAGAGUUGCCCUGGUAACUGGUGCAUCUGCUGGUAUUGGAGAAGCAAUAACUAGAUCCCUUGUGAGGCAUGGAAUGAUAGUCGUUGCCUGUGCUCGUGGAGUGGACAAAAUACAGGCAAUGAAGUCGGAGCUUGAAGCCGAGUCUGCCUCUGGAAAGCUUCAUCCUAUCCAAUGUGAUCUUACUCAGAAAGAUCAGAUAGCUGCCAUGUUUAAAGAGAUCAAGAAGGAGUAUAAAGUAGUCCAUGUUUGUAUCAACAACGCAGGUAUUAGCUUUGGUGCUCAUCUAGUCAGAGGCAAGCCAGAAGAUUGGCAAACAACAUUAGAUAUAAAUGUCAUGGCUCUGUGUAUUUGCACUCAAAAUUCAAUAAAGCUGAUGCUGGAUAAUAAAGUGAAUGAUGGACAGAUUAUACAUCUAAAUAGUAUGUCUGGUCACAGAAUUGUAGGAGAUGGUUUUUACUGUGGAACUAAGUACAUGGUGACAGCUUUGACAGAAGGUUUAAGGAAUGAGCUGAGGGCAAUGAAGACCAACAUCAGAGUUUGUGGUAUUUCACCAGGUGUUGUAGAGACUGAAUUUGCACCAAGAAAGGCACGCCAAGAUCCUGCGGAAUGUACAUUUUAUCAGAAAAAUCCGAGUCUGAAAGCAGAAGAUGUUGCUAAUCAAGUCAUUCACAUUCUACAACAGCCUGCUCAUGUUCAGAUCCAUGACAUUUUGCUACGCCCAACCGAACAAGUAAAAUAGAACAGUACUUUACAACAUCAAGCAAGCACAGUAUACUGUAAUAUCAUAAUAUUAUAAGAUGGAAACCAGUUUGGCUACAACCAGCAAUAUAAUCUAACAGCCAACCAGUAUGUUUCUCCAUAUUUACAGUGUAAUCAAAUGUAGCUGUUUAUUUUCCUCAUAACUAUUUUUGUAAUUGUCUUUAACAUCCUUUACCAUAUUUUUCUUAAUGACAUAAUGAUUCAAGAAGUUAGUCCAAAACAUGAAUAUAUAAAGAGUGAAAGAGUAGUCUGACAUUGUUCAACUGUUUUGAGUGAUUAGAUCAAAUUACCAAAUGUUUAUUUUUUUACACCUAGUUCUAGACAAGUGGCAUUUGUCAGCAGGCAAAUAAGGUUAAUAUGCAUACUUUGUAUAUUAAAUUAAUCAUGAUGAUAUAUAUGUUUAUGUUUAGUAUUUUAAUAUCAAGAAAAAGGUGCUCUAAUUUGCUUACUAAGAUUUGGUCUUAUUCAACCAGGAUAGCCACAUGAGUAUUGACACUGCUCCUCCUGCAGGUCCUGUAAUUAUCAUAACCCUAGCAUUACCAGGUAGCUACCUUGGUCGGUUAGGGAUGUCAGUAAUGGGCAAGGAAUGAAGCCAGGAUGUUGUGUAUGAGCAAAAAGAGCCUUCACCUAUGUGCUCACACUUUUGUUACACUGUCAGAAAAGAUACACAUACAAAAAAUAUAGAUUUUUAUUGAGAAAUAAAAUUACUAAAUCAUUUUUUUUUUUAUCGAUUGAUGUAUUACUUUCUAGUUUUGUGUGUCUUUGACCAGUAUUUAUAAAAGUGUACUUUAUUCCAGGAGCAUUUUUGAAAAAGGGGGCCUGAACAUGAAAAGGAGCAUGUCAUUUUAUUCCAGCCCGUGGUAUUGUACACGUUGACUUGAAAAGUGAGGGGGAGCUGCAGCCCCCUCCCCCCUUCCCUGUUUUAUGAAGUGUCAAGUGUCAGUCUAUUCAUCACAUGAAAUUACUAUGAUUCUGAAACUAAACAAGAAAUGACAAUCAUAUCAUGGAAUCAAUUGAUCAUUUUCACUGCAUGACUAAAGUAUGUUUAGUUGUUCACUGUGUCAAACAAUUGCAGGAAUUUGUAUUGACUAAAGAGGUUAAGGAUAGAGGUUGCUAUUGUAUUACGUACUGUAACAGGUGGUCGACUUCGGCAAAGAUACAUACCACUUUCUCAAGUUGGCUCAUUGAUGACUGACAGAUGAUGUCACAAGGGGAAUUAGAUCUGGAGGUUUUGGGGGUGGAGCUUAGCAAGUUUGAAAAACCAAUGUUUAAAAAAAUAUUUAAAAAUCUAUGAAAAAAAUUCAGAAGUUUACAUAAUCAAAAUAUGAGAUGUAUGCAGGACUGCAAACCAACAAAAAUACACUUGUAUUUUGAUGUCAUGGGCCAUUUAAGGGGUAAAACAGAUUAACGACUAUUAUGUACACUGUUUGUUAUUCACUAGUAGUAUCUGCAACGCUGCCAUGUCACAUUUUUUCUGUGUACUGUAUACCGGCCACAUUUUUGGACAGAAUUUGAUCAAAUUUUAUACAGAGGUGUAUUGUCAAUAUAUUACUGAUUUAUUUACUAUGUUUCGUAAUACUAUUGUACAUGUAUAUGUAUAUACAUCAAUGUACCUUUGUAAAUUGACCCUUUCAGCCUUGUGCUGCUGGUCGAUCAUUAUAUACCAAUAAAUAAAUAAUUAAAAAAAUUAAAAUAUUGUAUCAUGGUCAAAUAUG